AAUAAGAAUACCAAAAAGCACAUUUUGAAUCAUGCAAUUCAACGACACUGCUCAUCGCUGUUACCUGGCCCCUCAGCCCCUGGUGUCCUCCAUCCUGCCUCCUAUGCUCAUCAUCGAGCUCCUGCUGGGGCUGCCGGGAAAUCUAAUGGCACUGUGGGUCUUUAGCCGCCACCUUCGAUCCUGGAAGCCUAAUGUUGUGCUUCUCUUCAACCUGGCUGUGGCUGAUUUAAUGCUGCUGGUGAGCUUGCCCUAUCAAAUCCACUACCAUCUGCAACAGGAAAACUGGGUGUUUGGUCACUUCUGGUGCCGCUUCAAUCUUUUCAUGCUCGCAAUCAACCGAUCGGCGAGCAUCGGCUUCAUGACGGCGGUGGCUGUGGAUCGAUAUUUUAAAGUUGUCCACGUACACCAUAAAAUCAACUUCAUUAGCUCACGGAGAGUUGCUGGGAUUGCUUGCUUUAUCUGGAUAGUGGUGAUCUUAUUGCGACUCCCUCUUCUGACUAGUGAUCUCAUGAUCAUAAAGAACAACAAAUCUGUCUGUAGGAGCUUCAACUGUUAUAAAAACCCACCACCAGGGAUCUUGUUUCAUUACAUAGUGUAUCUAUCCGAGUUCUUCCUCUCCUUCAUAGUCCUGCUGUUCUGCUCCCUCAGAAUCUACUGUUUUCUAGGUCGGCGUCAGAUUGCGACAAGGACUAAAAUGCGCCCGGCCAUGAAGAUCGUUCUGGUAAUCAUUGGGAUUUUCAUUGUAUGUUUCUUCCCUGGUGUUGCCACAGGUCUGUCUGCACUCUAUCUGAGCACAGUGGGAAAAGAAUACUAUGAUGGUUUAAGACUAAAUGGGCAGUUGUUUGUUUUAGCCCUUGGAUUGACCUACCUGAAUAGUGCAUUGGACCCAAUAGUCUAUGGAUUUUGCAGCUCCAUGUUUCGUGAUGCAUUGAGGCAGUCGAUCCAUCGACUCGGGAGUGUUAAAGGUAGCAAAAAGUACUUUCUACAACCACUGAAAGGAAGAGGUAAUGCAAAAAUUAGAACCGUUAAAUGAGUGGUUCGUCAUUUUGCAAUCGAUUGACCAAGAUCUACUUGUCGACUGCUGGACCUGACAGGGUAUCUAAUGGCACUGUAGACCCACAGUGGAGACCCAAUGUUAUGCAUCUCAUCAACCUGGCUGUGGCUGAUUCUCCUGCUGCUGAUAAGCUUGGCCUUCCACUUUUCAAAUUGACACUUCAUCUUCAAUAAUUGGAAAAGAACCCACGAUGAACACACAGUUCUUUUUAAUAGGCUGUAAAAGUUGACGUAAUAAAAAAAAAAGUAAAGGAUUUUGAUAAACAAAAGACCAUGGAAAGUCAAAGGAAACCAAUAUCAUCAACACAUUGAGGACUGGCCCGACAUAUGAACACUGAAAAUCAAAGUUGAAAUCGUAGGCGCAUCCAAUUUCCAUGAAUUUCAUCACUGCAAUUCAGAAUGUUACUCAGUAGUGUUUAUGACCUUCACGUGCCUGUAUGCACUCCCAGCAACAUCUGGGCAUGCUCCUGAUGGGACAGCAGAUGGUGUCCUAGGGGAUGUCUUCCCAGAACCGUAGGCUGUUUCUCUAAUGGAAGACCUACUAAUUCUGGUGUUCUCUGGUGAAAAUCUGCAUGAUGUUAGAUCUUGAGUACAGGUCCUAGUAGUCCUAGGAGCAACGCCUGUGACCUGGUAUCUUCUCAAUGUCUUUGAGACUGUGCUGGGAAGAUGUGCCAUCCUGGAGGAGCUGGACUACCUAAGCAACUUAAAGGGCUGCAGGUACUGACUCAUGCUACCAGUAGUGACAAGGACACUAGCAAAAUGCAGAACUAGUGAUGAAUCAAUCAGCAAGGAUAAGGAGAGAAUAUUUGUCUACAGACACAACCUGCAAAAACCAUUCUAUUUACGGCCGUCUUCCUGCUUUUGCCUCUCUGGUACACAUGUUGAUACUUUAAUUCAAAUCAAUGCAAGUGAACUUGAUUCACAAUAACUUAUGCUUCCUAAUUGGGCAGAUAUAUAUAUUGUAAAGUUCAAGUACAGUUGUGUUUUACUUAAGAAUUAAGCAUUUCCUUGUUUUUUUUAACAGUGUAUAUGUGUAAAACAGUUGUAAGAAAAAGUAUGAGAACAGUUUGGGAUUGCUUGGAUUUCUGCAUAAAUUGGUCAUUAAAUGUGUUCUGAUCUUCAUCUAAAUCACAACAAUAGACAAACACAGUCUGCUUAAACUAAUACCACACUAAAAAUUAUAAGUUUGAAAAAAAAGUAUGUGAACCUUUGGAUUUAAUAACUUGUUGAUCCUCCUAUGGCAAUAUUUUUUGGACAGCAGUGGCUUCCUCUGUGGUGUCCAUUCUAGUUUAAUGUUUUCCCUAUUGAAGAUUUGUCAACAAAAAUGUUAGCAUGUGCCAGAGUUUUCUGUAAGUCUUCAACUGACACUCUGGGAUUCUUCCUCACCUCAUUGAUCAUUCUGUGCUGUGCUCUUGCAGUCAUCUUUACAGGACGACCACGCCUAGGGAGAGUAGCAACAGUGCUGAACUUUUUGUAGAUCGUCAUUUGUAGACCAUCUGUCUUACAGUGGACACAUGAACAUCAAUGCUUUUAGAGAUAUUUUUGUAACCCUUUCCAGCUUCAUGCAAGUCAACAAUUCUUGAACGUAAGUCUUCUGAGUGCUCUUCUGUGUGAGGCACGAUUCACAUCAAGCAAUGCUUCUUAAGAACAGCAAACUCAAAACUGGUGUGUGUUUUUAUAGUACAGGGCAGCUUUAACCAACACAUUCAAUCUCAUCACCUUGAUUGGACUCCAGGUUGGCUGACUCCUGGCUCCAAUUGGCUCUUAGAAAAGGCAUUAGCCUAGGGGUUCACAUACUUUUUCCACCCCGCACUGUGAAUGUUAACAUGUUGUGUUUAAUAAA